GAGUCAUUAUAACCAAAGUCACCGAGCAGCAGAAGCGUGCGUAACCAAAGACACAGAGCAGCAGAAGUGCCAGCCAAGAUGACUCUCCGUUACGCACAGGUCGUUCCCGCCUUGGUGCUCCUCUUGUUGGGGUUGAUUGGGAUUCUCCUGCUGGCCCUCUCCACGAGUGUGAUAGAGAAACCACCAGAAUAUGAGUAUGGAAUUGUCCUGGAUGCUGGCUCCUCCCACACAUCUAUGUACAUCUACAAAUGGCCCAGCAAUAAACAGAAUGGGACAGGCAUUGUCACCCAGCACGAUGAGUGUAAUGUGAAAGGUAAAGGAAUCUCAGGUUAUGCGGGUGUUCCCGGUGGAGCGGCUAAAAGUCUGGAGGAGUGUCUUCAAAAGGCUGUGCAGAGCAUCCCCAAGGCCAGACAUCAUAAAACCCCUCUGUACCUGGGGGCCACGGCGGGCAUGAGGCUGCUAGAAAUAGUGAAUACCUCAGAGUCCCAUCGUGUUUUAAAAGAGGUGGGCGCCAAACUGAAGACGUACCCUUUCAACUUUAAAGGAUCCACCAUUCUGAGCGGACAGGAGGAGGGGGCUUAUGGCUGGGUCACCGUCAACUACCUACUAGAGAACUUUGCAAAGUAUGGUUUUGUGGGUCGCUGGUUGAACCCUGGUAAAGGCACGAUUGGCGCGUUGGAUUUGGGCGGAGCUUCGACUCAGAUUACAUUUCAGACUGAGGUGCAGACCGAGAGCCCCGAUACCUCUAUGACCCUAAAGCUCUACGGAGAAAACUACCAGCUGUACACUCACAGCUUCCUCUGCUACGGACAAGACCAGUUCCUGCGCAAACUGCUAGCUCUCCUUAUCACCACUCAAGGUGUAAGUAGUGGCAAAGUACUCCACCCCUGCUAUCCCAAUGGCUACGUCACAUCUGUAAACUUGGAGGCAGAUGUUUUCUCUCCUUGCACCGAGCAAUACAAACCCAAAAACAUUGACCUGAAGAAAGAUGUUACGUUACAAGGCACAGGCAACAAUCAACAGUGUCUAUCCACUGUCCAAAAAGUGUUUUCCUUUGACAAAUGCAAUUUCUCCAAGUGCAGCUUUGAUGGAGUCUACCAGCCUGCCACAUCUGGGAAAUUCAUGGCUUUCUCCGCCUUUUACUUUUCCAAGAGCUACGUCAGCGCACUCACCAACAUCUCAGACCCACGCCUUAUGAAGAUGGCAAGCCAGCGUGUCUGUAACAUGAGCAUCAGUCAGAUGACCACAAUCACCAAGCAGCCCGAAAAAUACAUGAAGAACGUCUGCGCUGUGUCCAAUUUCAUCCACGUCCUUCUGACACAGGGUUAUGGUUUCAACAACUCUACGCUUCCCAUGAUUUCCUUUGAGAAGAAGGCAGGAGGGGCAUCUGUGGGCUGGUCUCUGGGCUAUAUGCUUAGCCUUACCAGUCACCUGCCACAGGAGAGCGUCAGUGUGUUGAAGGCCAUACCCUCCGGACCCUGGACGGGGCUCCUGAUCCUCUUUUCCGCUCUGCUUCUCAUGGCUCUGGUUCAGUUAGUGCUGCUCUGUAGAAAAAGCAAAUCUAAGAUGGACGUGAUAUAAAAAAUAAUACUUUUAUGCAACUGGACACCUCUUUUAGUGGGACGCUUGUAUUUUAGAUAAAAGUUUGUGGAACAUUUGUGCUGGAAAAUAUUAUCACCACAAUCUUUCACUCAAAUGACCCUCUUUGUAAUAUUGAAUAAUUAAAUUCAGAAAUGAG